AUCUUAUCAGUGUGCGCUUACUCCUUGGGUCAUCAACAUGAUAAUUAAUUUUAAAAAACUGUGAUGUUAAAAUAAACUAAAUCUAGAGCGCCUAGUGUAACUGUGUCGUUAGGGAAUACCAAAAAGUAUCAGCCAUGUGUACAAUUCUGGAGGGACUCUUCCAAGACUGGACGUCAGGCCUCCUUACCCUGGUCACAUUAUGGGCAAUUUACUGGGGCGUCAGCCACUGGAGGUGGUGUUAUGUGGCUGCUGUAACUCUUCGAAGGGAUUUCAAAGCCCUCCACCACUACAUCCGAAUGCUGUUAACAUCGUGGAGAUUUUCAAAAAACAACUUAGCAAUAUCUGAUUACUUUCACAAUGUUGUGCAAAAGCAUCCAAACAAGAGUUGUUUUUUGAUGGAUGAUGAAGUUUGGACUUUCCAACAGGUCGAAGAAUUCAGUUUACGAACGUCAGCAGUCCUCAAAGCGGAGGGAGUGAAGAAGGGAGACAUGGUCGGUCUGAUGAUGAGCAAUUGCCCUGAGCUACCUGCUAUUUGGUUGGGCGUUACGAGGCUUGGGGCAGUUGUGCCUCUUCUCAACACAAACCAGACCGGGAAAACUUUACUCCACUCUAUCAACAUUUCUAAGUGUAAUAUUGUCAUUUAUGGGGAUGAGUAUGAAGAAGUUUUCCAAGACCUCAAAGCUGAUUUGGACCCGUCCACAAAACUUUUCAAGUUUAACAAACGGCCAUUGAACAUCUCCAACAACGAACCACCUGUGGCACACUCAGCAAACGACUUUACGUCAAUGCUGGAAGCUACACCACCACUCCCGUGGUUCAGAUCUGAAGGAGACGGCUACAAUGGAAAACUAUUGUAUAUCUUCACCUCUGGUACCACUGGACUGCCCAAGGCUGCUGUUAUUUCUUCUGCUAAAUUGGUCAGUGGGUCCACUGGUAUCUACUAUUUUGGAGGCAUAAACUCUGAUGAUGUGGUAUACUGCCCGAUGCCACUAUACCACUCCGCUGGCGGCUGCGUCACGAUUGGAUAUGCCCUCAUAUUCGGCUGCACUAUCGCUCUUCGGAAAAAGUUUUCUGCUUCCUCUUACUUCCAAGACUGCAUCAAAUAUAAUGCUACUGCGGGCCAGUACAUCGGUGAAAUGUGCCGCUACAUCAUGGCGACUCCUCCAUCACCGAUUGACAAGCAACACCAAGUUCGUGUGAUGUAUGGCAAUGGAAUGAGACCUACAAUCUGGCCAGAAUUUGUCAAGAGAUUUAACAUACAGCGAAUUGCAGAAUUCUAUGGAUCGACGGAAGGAAAUGCUAAUAUCGUGAGCGUGGACAACCAAAUAGGAGCAGUAGGAUUUAUUCCUAGAAUAAUGAGUAGUAUCUAUCCCAUCGGACUUGUUAAAAUAAACCGAGAAACUGGAGAGCCAAUCAGAGAUUCUAAAGGCUUAUGCCAGUUAGCGGGACCUGGAGAACCAGGCGUGUAUGUGAGUAAAAUAAACCCGAAGCUAGCUACCAGAGCGUAUUUGGGAUACGUCGAUGAAGAAGCCUCUAAAAAGAAGAUAAUAAGAGACGUCUUUUCUUUUGGUGACUCCGCUUUUAUUUCAGGCGACAUCUUGGUGGCAGACGAGCUGGGCUACCUGUACUUCCGCGACCGCACGGGCGACACCUUCCGCUGGCGCGGAGAGAACGUCAGCACCACGGAGGUGGAAGGUGUCAUCUCCAAGUUGACAGGACAAAGGGAUGCUGUUGUGUAUAGUGUUGAGAUCCCGAACAUAGAAGGGCGCGCUGGUAUGUGCGGCAUCGUUGACGUGGAUGACUCUCUAGACCUGGAUGAGCUGCUCAAGGACCUUUCCAAAGACCUUCCCAAAUAUGCCAGGCCGAUCUUCAUUAGGAAAAUGACAAGUGUUGAUUUGACUGGAACUUUCAAAAUGAGGAAAAACGAUCUUCAGAAAGAAGGCUACGAUCCAAGUAAAACAUCAGAUAAACUUUACUACUUGGAUCCGAAGUUAGACAAAUACAUAUCAUUAGGAAAGACGGAAUAUGAAAGCAUUAUCUCGGGACAAACUAGACUUUAAUUUGAUUUCUACAUUAUAUUUAGUUAAUACAUCUUUACUUAUGGUUAUUCUAUAGAGUAUUGUUAUGAACUUCUGUAAGCUAUUGGAAUAUACAUACACUGUAAAUUAUACAAAUAAAUAUCGUAUGAAACUUCA